AUGCCGCCAUCGACAAGAGCUGGACAGAUGGGAAGGGGCGAUGAUGAUCAAACAACCACAGGCAAUGGACAGGAGGAAGGAUGGCUCAUGCAGGUAGUCAGGAUCCUCCAGCUGGCGAACCCAGCACUAACGGCCGAGGAAGCGAUCAUGCGAGCUAUGGGCCUCAUCAGCAUUAGCAACCAGACCCCGCGCAGGGAGACUGAGAAGAUCCCCAAGGAGGUGUCGAGCGCCAUUGUGCACAUCAAAAAGCUCAGCGACAGCAACUGGCACACUUGGGAACCUACCUUCAUCGACUGCCUCCAAAGAGUACAUAAUGCGAAGGAGAUACUGUAUGGCAUGGUGGCGCCUGGAAACGAGGAAUACAACGAAGACUUGGAUAAAGCCCUAGCCCUAGCCGCUCGAGAGCAACACACUGUUCGAGAGCAACGCACAGCUCAAGAGCAACACACAGCUCAAGAGCAACGCACAGCUGGAGCAACGCAAUCUGAGAAGCGCAAUCUCAUCAGCGAACUGCUGGACAGCGCACACUCUGUCGGAGCAGCACAAUUGAGAGCAGCGCAAUUGAGAGGAGCGCAAUCGAGAGGAGCGCUCACUCUGCUGGAGCAGCACAAUCGACAUGAGCGCAAUCAAGACGAACGCAAUCGACAGGAGCGCAAUCGAGAGGAGACCAAUCGACAGGAGUGCAAUCGACCGGAGACCCAUCGACAGGAGCGCAAUUGA